UUGCAAUUUGCAUAUUUGUUUUCAGCAUUAGGCCCAAAAUCAACUUCUGCUUGAAAAUAAUGUCUUCAACAUGUUUGUGCCUUUUAACCCUGCCAGUUGAUGACAGUAGGCUUGACAGCCUUUAUCAGGCUCUUCCUGCCCUACGGUCAUGGAUGAGAGAGGAAAGAAUUCCAGUAGGGUGACAUCAUCACUCUCAGACAAUAGUGGCUUUCUCUUGCUGGGUCACUGAGGUUCUUUACUGUAGCCUUAUUGAGUCAUAUCAAACUCAAUGGGCUGUAGAAAUAACAGCGAAUCAGUAAAGACGCAACCCUCGCAGCCCUACGUACUUGUUUCCUGGAACCUUAGACUAAAGAACACUUUACAUCGAGAGGGGCUCCAUGAAAAAUGACGGAGGAGGUGAUAGUUAUAGCCAAGUGGGACUACUCGGCUCAGCAGGAACAGGAACUUGACAUCCGGAAAAACGAGCGGCUGUGGCUCCUGGAUGACAGCAAGACGUGGUGGAGGGUGAGGAACGCCUCCAACCGGACCGGCUACGUCCCCUCUAACUAUGUGGAGAGGAAAAACAGCUUAAAGAAGGCCUCGCUGGUGAAAAACAUCAAAGACACACUCGGCCUGGGGAAGACGAAGAGGAAGACGAGUGCCCGCGAUGCCUCGCCAACACCCAGCACGGACGCAGAGUACCCGUCCAAUGGUGGCGGAGGUAGCAGCGCCGAGCGUAUCUAUGACCUCAGCAUCCCAGCCCUGGUCAAGUUCGCCUACACGGCGGAGCGGGAAGACGAGCUGACACUGGUGAAGGGGUCAAGGGUCAUUGUCAUGGAGAAGUGUAGCGACGGCUGGUGGCGAGGGAGUUCUGAAGGUCGGGUAGGCUGGUUCCCCUCUAACUAUGUCCUGGAGGAGGGAGAGGAGGAGGCUGUCUGGGGGGACCUAAGCGGAGGUUACCCAGGACAGGGAGCAGGGUCGGGAGGGGUGACCAACGGGACCACCAGGGCGAUCCACACUGUUCAGACGCUGUACCCCUUCAGCUCUGUGACCGAUGAGGAGCUGAACUUUGAAAAGGGCGAGGUGAUGGUGGUGCUGGAGAAACCGGAGAACGACCCCGAGUGGUGGCGGUGUCGGAACGCCCGUGGACAGGUGGGCCUGGUGCCAAAGAACUAUGUGGUUAUCCUUAGCGACGAUCCAGCCCCCGGGGGUGGGAUGGGCUCGGGCCCCCACUCGCCCCAGAUCAACUACACAGGGCCGGCCCGCGUGGGAAAGUUUGCCGGGAAGGACUGGUACUAUGGGGGAGUGACCAGGCAUCAGGCAGAGUGUGCGCUCAACGAGAGAGGAAGUCAGGGAGACUUCCUGGUCAGAGACAGCGAAUCAUCGCCCAGUGAUUUCUCCGUGUCUCUCAAGGCGAUGGGAAAGAACAAGCACUUCAAGGUUGCGCUGGCGGAGGGGGUCUACUGUAUCGGCCAGAGACGCUUCAGCAGCAUGGAUGAACUGGUGGAGCAUUACAAAAAAGCCCCGAUCUUCACCAGCGAACAUGGAGACAAACUCUACCUGGUCAAACCUCUGCUGUGACCACACACACACACACACACACACACACACACACACACACACACACACACUCCGGACCCCGGUGCUCGGCCUAAUAACAAGCCUUAUUAACGGACUUCCGACUGACUGAUUGAGCACAGCAAUAUCCACUGGUCUGCCCAUGGCCCUUCAAUACAGCUGCUAAAAGUCACCAUAAACUCAACAGAGAGAGACUCAAAUGGAACAUGUUGGCCACCGUAGCUCAGAUUCCUUUCAGAAUAAUGACACCGCGUCCUGUCCAGAAGUGUCCAGAGAACAGCUUCAGUAAGGGCCCGUCUGUAAGCACCCGCUCUUUGCCUUGCCUGACAACUCCACCUGAGCACGGACGGGGAUUUACAGUCAAUGUUUCCUUCAUGACAGCUUACAUACGCUACGAAAGUGAAUAUUUCACGUGUUGACCGGGACAUCACAUUAUCACUGGAGACAAAAAAACAAACGGGAGGAGAGAAACAGCUCUUCUCUUUUUGUUUGUCUCCAGCAGGUCUUGUUGCUUUGUCUGUCGUUAACGAGUGACCCGUCCCUUGCAGAAAGUACUAUUACGUUUCCAUAGACUCUUGUACCAGAAAGAAAGGCACCACAAAUGGUACUUGUACUGUAUUUACCAGAUAAGGAAAGGACGCCCCCUGGAGGUGUACUGUGGAAUGGACACGGUCAGGAAGCUGCGCGUUGAAUGUCCGUCGAUGUAUACUGCCGACCAUGUGCCACACCCUCCUACUGCUCAAAUGUGCCCCUAACGUUCUCUUCGAAUCCACCGCUUUCCUCAACGUCCGAGUGGAAACGUCGCUGACCGAGGAUGGAGAUUCAAGAGCGAUAGACUUUGCCAAUCAAAGUCUGUUCAAAAUUUGUUUCCUGCUUUUAAAGAUGAAAAACUGUGUCUUAAUGUUACUGAGCACUGUUAUUUAAAUCUUGUUUUCAGCUGUGUAUGUAUAUUUAAAAAGAAGAAUAGGGUGAAUAUUAUAUGAAUUUAGAUACAGCGGAAUGUACUGUACUCCAAGAUGGUGUGGUGACUGAGGAUUGAAAUACUUUUGUUCAAUUAAAAGUUUUGCCGAAAUAAGCUUUCUGGUUGCA